CCUAUACUCCCUUUUUUCAAAUUAGUUUCCAUCCCAUUAUUCUAAAAUUACAAAUUGAUAUUAUACUGUUUCAGUAUUAACGUAAACAAUUUCUAGUCCUCGAUUUGGUGUUAUAAUAAAAUAUUGUUUCGACUCUCCACUUAACAUUUGCACAGCGUGUCUUGUGAGAUUUUGGGCACGCAGCCUAUACAUUGGUAUGGAUAAACCACCAUACCACUUCCACCCACUCUCUUCCUCUUCCUAGUUCUUCUGACUUUCUUGAACCUUGUCUUUGGCUGGAGUGACGAUCUGGCCAAACUCAUGACCUUCUGUGCGGGGACGGUGUCUGAGAAGAAAGCCCCCGAACUUCCGAAGAGCGUGGUCGUGUACUACCAAAUAUGCAACGACACUCAAGGUUUUGUGGACUGCGUGUUGAAGCUACGCACAACAGAAGAGCCCCUCCCUCCCGGCGUAGAGAUACGGCCGGAGCUGAAGUACUUCCCACUGGCAUUUCCCUUGACAACCACCACCUCCAUCUUCUGUAAUGAGCUAAUCCCUCAGCCCGCCCACCUGACUUCCAGAAUGAUACUGUGUCUGAACAGAAUGAAUGAGUCCAACGAAGUGUGUUCCGUUUUGGCUGCUAAGAAAAACCUGACGAUGAUCCGACAACAAAUUAUCCACGUAGCUGCAAGUGGCCUCGUUAACCAGACGUACAACAUGUCCUGCGAUGCCAUAGCCCCGAUGAGAAAGUGUCAGAUGGAUUCUUUACUAGAAUGUGAUGAGGACAUCUGGCCAAUGAGAACCUUUGAAUUAGGGCUUCUAGGAAGCUGGUGCCUGGAGCGACAUGAGGAAGAGUACCCCGUACCCCCGAGAGGACACUGCCAACUUUCCCAUUGCUCCAACACAAGUGCCUCUACCAGUUCCCACAGCUGUUGGUUGCUAUGGACGCUAACGCCACCGCUCCUGAUGCAAACGUCGCUGUCAUGGCUAACGUAGAAGAACGUCGACACAUUGAUUUAAAAAAGAAAAAGAAACAGACAGUUUUCAAUCGCAGUCUGGUGACAUGUUUUUUUUUACUUAUAGUGCUCAAGGACUGUGACUAUCGCUGUGUAAAAAGUGUAUGGAGGUGUGCCACCCAGCUCAUGGGUACAAUAUAAUAUUGUCGUGUGUAAAUCACAGAUACACACACAACACACACGUACUCAAACACACACACAAACAUACACGCACACAUACAU